AUGAGGGACCACGCGGAGCCUCGACUGGAGGAGGCCCGCCCGCGUCCUCCACGAGCCCUUCCACCUGUGCCAAGUGUUAUUCAAGAUGAUAUUCCACUUAACCGUCCCAAGAAGAAGAAGCCCAGAACUAAAAAUACGCCUGCCAGUGCUGCUCUGGAAGGCCUUGCUCCGACCACUGCUCAUGGACCACGUGAGGACAGUGAGCUGCCAACCACAGAACUCACAGAGCAUCCAGAGGCUCCUGUUCAGAGGAGACAGAGGAAGACACGCCCUUCUCUGGAAUCAGAGACUUCUUUCCCACAGAAGAAAACAUCUAGUCCAUCUUUAUUACGAAAUGAGAAUGGUAUUGACACGGACCGAGCUGGGGAGGCAGUUAUCCAAAAGCCUCGAAGGAAGACAAAGAAGACCCAGCAAGCAGAAAUACAGUAUGCCAAUGAGCUCGGAGUGGAAGAUGAAGACAUCCUCACCGAUGAGCAGAGCGCUCCCGAGCAGCAGGCGAGGUUCACAGCCCCCACUGGCGUCAGCCAGCCUGUCGGCAAAGUCUUCGUGGAGAAAAGCCGGCGAUUCCAGGCCACUGACCGCUCUGAGUUAAUAAAGACCACAGAGAACAUAGAUAUGUCGAUGGACGUGAAGUCAUCCUGGACCACCAGAGAUGUGGCCCUUUCAGUGCACCGGGCCUUCAGGAUGAUCGGUCUCUUUUCUCCUGGCGUGUUGGCUGGCUGUGCUGUGUGGAACAUUGUUGUGAUUCACGUGCUGGCAGGAGACCAGCUGUCUAACCUCCCCAACCUUCUGCAGCAGUACAAGACCCUGGCAUACCCAUUCCAGAGUCUUCUCUACUUACUCUUGGCUCUGAGUACCAUUUCAGCUUUUGACAGGAUUGAUCUUGCUAAAACCUCAGUAGCUAUUCGAAAUUUCUUUGCCCUGGACCCAACAGCUUUAGCGUCUUUCUUGUACUUUACUGCUCUUAUACUAUCUCUGAGUCAGCAAAUGACAAGUGACAGAAUCCAGCUUUACACACCUCCUUCUGUCAAUGGUAGCCUCUGGGCAACGGGAACUGAGAAACAGAUUGUCCAGCCGUGGAUUAUAGUGAAUUUGGUGGUGGCAGUCCUGGUUGGAUUGUCUUGGCUUUUCUUGUCUUACAGGCCAGGCGUGGAUCUUAGUGAAGAGCUGCUGUUCUCCUUCGAUGUGGAAGACUGUCCUGAAAAAGACAGAGGAAUCAGAGCCUCCUCAUAAAGCCAAAAUGCCUACAGGGGAAUGGUGGUUCCAUGUUUGUCCCAAACUUGUUUUACAGUUAUCUUUAUAAAAUAUGUAUAUAUUUUUAACUGAUUUUUGGAUUAUAUAAUACUGAAAAACCCACUAUUAUGGACAGUGUUAAAAUUGUAUCUCCUAUUUAUACCCAAACAUUAAUUUCUACAGCAUCAUAUCUUAUUGAUAGUGAUAGUGAGCUAAAAGCCAGAAGGUGAAAGUAUUUAUUUCUUACUCUGUCAAAUUAGUUGUCUUUUUAAUCUUUAUAGAAGUACUAAAUCAGGAAAAGCCAAGGCCUCUUCUGUUGUAAAAUAUGUAUCGAGUUUAAACACAGAUUUAAGGAGUAGAGUAAAAGGGGAAGAGGCCAUCACUUUUAAAAUAUUUUCUUACUAAAUAAAUUGAGAUAUGAAACAUCUUUCCUGAAAUGUAGUGUUUGUGCAUCAUGUAAUAAUUAUAAAAUGUAUUUCUUAAUCUUCAAAGAUGCUUUGUACCUAAUAAAAAGGA